CGCAGCGCGCAACGCGCGGGCGCCAUGGCGUCCGUGCCGUCGUCGCCGGAGCAGCGACUGCUGCCCUCGGAGUCGCAACGAAUCCCAUUUCCAGUCGGUCCAGUGCCGAGAAACGAUUGGCAGCUGCUGGACAAUGCUGCGCAGAAAGCAGUGGCCACUGUCAGCAUGAUCGACUGCUUGUGGGAGAAGUUGACAAAAGUUAGCGACGACGUGGAGCUGCUCCAGCAGCGCCUGGCGCCGGAGCCGUUGGAGCCGCCGGAGCCGUUGGAACCGCCGUGCCGCGCUGAGAUGGAGGAGCUGAUGAAGGUCUGUGGGAACCUCGAAGAGUUCACGAAGGCGCAGGCGGUGCAGGUCAGGGACUUGCAGCACUUGGUGCAGCAAAAGUUGGACGACUUUUCAAAGGAGCUGACAGACGUGAAACUGGCAGCGGAAGAGAAGUCCUCCAGCGCUGUCUCGGCUGUCUCGGAUAUCAGCCAGGAUUUGCUGCUGCUCAAAGGUGCGCUGGAGGCUCAAGAGCAGCGGCAGGGGAAUGAGCUGCAGAGCUCCGCAGAAAAGCUGGAGAUGCUGGAGCUGAACCUCAGUUCUCUCGCGGAGAGGCAAAUGCAAGAGAUGGCGCGUCAGGAGCAAAACUUGAACCAAGUCAAGCAACUCCUGGUCGACAUCUGUGACGAGGCCUUCAACAAUUUGCGGCGCCUGGAAAUCAGCGUGCAGACAGAGGCUCAGUUGCGGCAGGGCGACAAGCAGAUCGGUAGCCAGCAGAUGGAUGGGCUUCAGCAGCGGAUAGAGGCACUAGAAGGCCAACAGCUGAAGUUCUCUCGCAGUUUCGAGGAGAUGAAACGACACCUGGAGGUGCAAGACGAGACCAGGCAUCGCCUGGACACCGAGCUCCGGGAGCUCCAGGAGCUCCGAAAACAGCCGCGGGGAGCCGAGGAAGUGAGGGCAGAGCUUGGGGCUUUGCAGAAGCAACUCGAAAGUCAGAAGCAGCAGUCCGCUUGCGUUGCGGAGCUCGAGGCCUCGAUCAACGCAGAGCUGCGGCAGUUGCAGCAAGGCCUUCGCACCGCGAAGGA